GCUAUUAUCAAUGCCGAAGCUGUUAUCGGGAACCUUGCUGUUAUCAACACAGGUGCCACGAUCGACCACGAUUGUAGAAUCGGUCAAGCGGUGCAUAUCGCCCCUCAGUGUGCACUGGCAGGAAAUGUGACAGUUGGAAAUCAAAGCUUUUUAGGGAUUGGAUGUAAGGUCAUACCUGACAUCGUCAUUGAAAGAGAAAAUAUGGAUAGGAUUUUUGUUGCUCAACCCAAAAUGGCAGGAAACGAACGGAAGUAUGUGCUCGAUUGCCUUGACACCAACUGGAUAUCCUCCAACGGAAAAUACAUUGGUGCGUUCGAAGAGAUUUUUGCAAAAUUCUGCGGUUCAAAACACGCCAUUGCCACAAACAAUGGUACAACGGCAUUGCAUCUGGCGUUAGUGGCACUGGAUCUCAAACCAGGUGAAGAGGUCAUUAUUCCGACAGUAACUUAUAUCGCGACCGCAAACGCAGUGCGCUACUGCGGCGCCACACCAGUAUUGGUUGAUGUCUGUGCCGACACGAUGAAUAUAGACCCUGCCCAUAUCGAACGAAAAAUCACUCCAAAAACACGCGGAAUUAUUCCCGUGCACCUCUAUGGGCAUCCUGCUGAUAUGGAUGCGGUAAAUAAAAUCGCACGCAAACACGGACUGUGGGUUCUUGAAGAUGCUGCCGAAGCUCAUGGUGCGAAAGUGCAUGACAAAAAGGUUGGGACUUUGGGCACAUGCGCCACCUUCAGUUUUUUUGGCAACAAAAUUGUAACUACAGGUGAAGGCGGAAUGAUAACCACCGACGAUGAUGAACUGGCAGCUAAAUUGCGUCUCUAUCGCGGUCAGGGGAUGGAUCCUCAGCGUCGCUAUUGGUUUCCGGUCAUUGGUUACAACUACCGCAUGACCAAUAUCCAAGCGGCGAUUGGUCUGGCGCAGAUGGAAGGCAUUGAAACCGCCUUAACCGAUCGUGAACGCCUCGCAAAAUGGUACGCUGAGGCUCUCAGCGAUUUAACGGAGCAGAUUAUUUUGCCCGCGCAAGCUCCGUGGGCCAAGCAGGUCUACUGGAUGUACAACAUCUUUCUGCGUGAAGGCAACGAAAACCGACGCGAC